AUGGAGUAUGACACUCCUUUGAAGAAGACAGUUACGUUAAGGUUAUAUUGUUCAAUUGAUCAGGAGUACGACGAGGGUUCGACGCGUGGAACAUAUUACCAGCGUAGCUUUCCAGUUCACAUCCUUGCGCCAGAGGCCGGCUUAACAUCUGCACCGACACCCUUGCCAAGCCCGCCAGUCUCCUUUUCCUUCCUGACACUUUCCAAUCCUUCACUCAAGCGCUCGUUUGUACCUAAAUGUUUAGUUAGUUAUACUUUUGUCGUACUUAAAACACUUCCACCUCCAUUACUUUUCUUGUGA